GCGCCACCUCCACCCACGCCACACAUAGAUCUCUCUCUCUCUCUCUCCAUCUCUUGCUUUGCCUCUAGUCGUCGCCCAGUCGCUGCCGCACUGCUCCGGCUCGAGCUCGACGCGGGAAGGAGCAGCCCGGGCCUUCUCCAACCCUCGUGCCGCUAUCGUUUGCCAGUUACUAGUUGCUAAGAUCUGACCCACGGCGCCGGCAAGGUUGUGGCGCCGCGGAGAUGCAGAGGCAGGGGCGCCACAUGGAGCGGUCUGGCUCCAAGCGGGCGCUAGACCCUGGCGGCAGUGGCGGAGGCGGCGGCGACGACGAACGUGAUCCUAAACGGCCGCGCGUCCCGGCCCUCGCCAGUGUCAUUGUAGAAGCUCUCAAGUUGGACAGUUUGCAGAAGCUUUGUUCAUCCCUGGAGCCGAUUCUCCGAAGAGUUGUCAGCGAAGAAGUAGAGCGUGCUUUAGCCAAAUUGGGACCUGCAGCAGCACCUGCUAGAAUUGAAGGAAGGACCUCUCCCAAAAGAAUUGAGGGCCCCAAUGGUAGUAACCUCCAGCUUCAGUUUCGGAGUAGGUUAGCACUCCCACUCUUUACUGGAGGAAAAGUGGAAGGCGAGCAGGGAGCAUCAAUACAUGUUGUGCUGUUAGAUGCAAACACUGGACAUGUCGUCACUUCAGGACCCCAGUCAUCUGCGAAACUGGAUGUUCUUGUUCUCGAGGGUGAUUUUAAUAAAGAGAAGGACGAGGAUUGGACUGAAGAAGAAUUUGAGAGCCACAUUGUGAAAGAACGUGAAGGGAAGAGGCCUCUUUUAAACGGUGAUAUCCAUGUGACACUUAAAGAAGGCGUAGGGACCAUAGGAGAGCUUAUCUUCACUGACAAUUCCAGCUGGAUAAGGAGCAGAAAAUUCAGACUUGGGAUGAGAGUCUCUUCAGGAUUUUGUGACGGAGUUCGUAUCAAAGAGGCGAAGACAGAGGCUUUUACUGUGAAAGAUCACAGAGGAGAAUUGUACAAGAAACAUUACCCUCCUGCGCUUAAGGAUGAUGUUUGGAGACUGGAAAAGAUUGGAAAGGACGGUGCAUUCCACGGGAAACUAAACUCAAACGGAAUCUAUACAGUUGAACAUUUUCUUCAACUUCUUGUUAAAGAUCAACAGAAGUUAAGAAGUAUCCUUGGUACUGGCAUGUCAAAUAAGAUGUGGGAAAGUCUUGUUGAACAUGCAAAAACUUGUGUUCUGAGUGGCAAACAUUAUAUAUAUUACUCGAAGGAUACAGCAAGUGUUGGUGCAAUAUUCAAUAACAUAUAUGAGUUCACUGGUUUGAUUGCUGAUGAUCAGUUUAUUUCAACGGAAAAUCUUACUGAAAACCAGAGGGUGUUUGCGGAUACGUUGGUGAAGCAAGCAUACGAUGAUUGGAUCAAUGUUGUAGAAUAUGAUGGCAAGGGAUUGUUGAAAUUUAAGCAGAAAAAGAAAUCUGUCACAACAAGAAGUGAUGUUGCAAAUGUCUCUACAAGCUACACUUCUUAUGAUUCAGCGCACUCUCAGAAACAAUUGGCACGAGGACAUGCCAAUAUUGAGCGAUCUCUCAUGAGCAGUACGACUAAAGCAGACGAGACAAGAAUUGCAUCCAACGGGAAUCAAGUAGCAAUAUAUGAAGCCAAUCCUCAGGACAUUUCACCAAGUAUUACCAUGCAAUAUGGCAUGAGUUCAUUGAUCCCUGAAGGCCAGUUCAAUGGCUCUUCCAUCCAAACUCAAGCAUCAAGAAGCUCCAACAUGCUAGCAUUUGGACCUCCACCACAGCAGCCGCAUAACUUCGAAUUCUCAGCAUUUGGUCUGUCCAUGCAAUCCCCAGCUCCUAAUCCUUUUGAUGACUGGCCUGGACGGUUGCAGGAGAACCGCGGUGGUGUUGAUGACUGUCUGAUGGAGGAGAUAAGAGGGAGAAGCCAUGACAUGCUGGAGAAUGAAGAAGAGAUGCAACAUAUGCUGCGCAUUCUUAGCGGCGGGGCAGCAGCAAACAUGAAUAAUGUAGGUGGCUUUCCCUCCUACCCUUCUCCUGUACCGGACUUCAACUUCGUGGAUGAUCGUGCUCCCUCAUCCGGUAAGGCUGUUGUUGGGUGGCUUAAGAUUAAGGCUGCCAUGCGGUGGGGCAUCUUCGUCAGGAAGAAAGCAGCUGAGAGAAGAGCUCAGCUUGUUGAGCUGGAUGACUAGGGGAUACGGAUGUUGGACACGCGAAGUGAGCAAAACUCGCUAUGAGGAGAAGACUCGGCAAGAGAGGUUUGAACAAGAGGAACUCUUCACCAAGCAAACCAUGGAAUGAUAAAUUUUAAGAGUCUACUAACCAUCUUAAUAUCAUCAACGGUCAUUAAAAAGCAGGCCUUCGGGCAUCUGUGUUCUGCAGCAAAAAGGAGUCAACAUAUUUCUGUUCAAAGAAGUUUCAGUCAUACUAUCUACAUGCAUUUUUGUGCAUCACCAUCAGUGUAUAUCAAAAUAUGCACAAAGCAAGAAUUGUUAUCUAUAUUUAUUAUUAUUAGUUGUAGACUUGUAACAUAGGUACUGGACAACUAAUCAUCGGUGUUUGCCAUGUGAUUCAUGUGGAAGAUUAACAAGUUUGAGGCUUUUCAUGUGGA